AUGCAUCCCUCCACCAUGACCGAUUCACCUGAGCUCGAGAGCAACAAGUCAAGCGAGAACAAUGACCGAACUCCCCCCAACGGAGGAGCCAAAGCCUGGGCUUGUGUCGCAGGCUCGUUCUUGUUGCAGUUCUGUUCCGUUGGUUACGUAAACGCAUGCGGCAUGUUUCAGUUGUACUACUCGGAAGUCAUGUUCAAGGACCAGACGUCGUCUGCCUUGGCCUGGAUCACUACACUCCAGAUCUUUAUGCUGUUCAUGUUCGGUCCCGCUGUUGGCAAGAUGAUCGAUGUCUACGGAUGCCGCAAGACACUCCUGCCCUUCAGUAUCAUGGCUGUCUUUUCCGUCUGCAUGCUGAGCCUUUGCACAAAGUACUGGCAAGUCAUGCUUGCUCAGGGAGUUGCUUUUGGUCUGGCCGCCGCCGGUCUGUCUCUUCCCGCCAUGGCAACCGCCACUCAAUGGUUCUCGACAAAGAAGGGUUUGGCUGUUGGUAUUGUUUCUGCUGGAAGCAGCCUAGGAGGUGUGAUCUACCCCUGCAUGAUCCCUCGACUCAUCGAGGAAGUCGGGUUUGCGUCUGCUGUUCGUUGGACUGCACUCUUGCAAGGAAUCCUCUUAGUCGUCGCCAAUGCUCUCUGCUCUUCCCCGUUCCCACCUCUCGGCAAAGUCUCGCGACCAGCAAAAGAAGCAAAUAUUCCCAGCAGUGGGAUCAACGGAUUCAAGAGAGGACCUUGGGGGUUCUUCAUCCUGGGCUGCUUCUUCACCAUGUGGGGUCUCUUCGCACCCCUGAACUACCUCCCGGAGAUGGCCUCACUUCACGGAUACAAAGACUUCGCUGUGUAUACCUUGGCCAUUGCCAACGCCGGUUCCCUAUUUGGCCGAAUCGUGCCUGGCUGGAUCAGUGACAAGGUCGGCCACUUCAACACCAUGGUCAUCGUGACUAGUUUCUCCGGAGCUCUCGUCCUGGCAUUUUGGCUUCCUCUCGAGUUUUACACCUCUAAAGGUGGUAUCAUUGCCUUCGCCCUGCUCUUUGGGUUCGCCAGUGGCGGUUUCGUCAGCCUGGGCCCUCCGUGCGUUGUUUCCCUUGCCGAAGAUCGGGUCGAUGAGAUCGGGGUCAAGCUGGGAGGCUUUUGCCUGGCGAUUGCCCUGGGCGCUCUGACUGGACUUCCCAUCGAAGGGGCCAUCAAGGAUCGCGAAGGGAACAGGUUUACCGGGCUGAUGUGCUUUGCGGGCGCGUCUAUGCUUCUUGGAAGCUUCUGUAUGGCCACCGCUCGAGUCUUCAAGGAAGGUGCCCAACUCCUGAAGAAGGUCUAG